ACUCUAUGCCACUGUGCUUGGUGUCAUUCUGUUGAUUCUGUUCAAGGUUGCCGCGUGAUUAUCAAAAGAAAGAGAAUUUAAAGCUAAUAUGAAUAUUUGAUAUUCAAUAUUAUGUAAUUUUAUCAAAGCAAAUAGUCUUGUGAGGAAUUGCGGCGGAUAUAAAUAUUGAAUUACAUAUUUUUUUCUCGAGACAGCAGUCAUGGGGCAGGCGACCAGCAUCUUGGAUAGAGUGGAGCCGGUUCCCGUGAACAUCACGAGCACCAAGUUCUACUCCCAUGCUCAGAACGUGAAAGUGUUGAACCCCGAGUACCUGCAGUAUCCCUUCAUCGAUGACAAGGGUACUGUCGAGUAUGUGUUUGGCUCGAGGGUCAUUUUCAUAUUGAGGGGCCUGCCGGGCAGUGGGAAGUCCACGGUGGCGAGAGCCAUAAAGGGCACAUACCCCGGUUCAGUUUUGUGCUCGGCCGAUGAUCUGUUCUUGCAAAGUAACAGGUGCGAGCCGAGCCGGGACCAGCUGCACGAGGCGCAGGUGUGGUGCCAGCAGAAGGCGCGCCGGGCGUGCGAGGACGGCGCGAGCGUCGUGGUCGUGGACAGCGCCAACGUGCGCCGCUGGGAGCUGGAGUACUACCUGCAGCUGGCCGUGGAGAACAGCUACGUGGCGGUGGUGGUGGAGCCCAGCACGCCCUGGAAAUGGGACCCGGAGCAGCUCGUCAGGAGGAACACACACAGGGUCCCCCUGGAGGUGCUGCUGGCCAGGGUGGAGAUGUGGGAUGCGGUCGUCCCGCUCUACUUCGGCUGGUUCCUCAACGCUGCCGACUCCCGGGUGCUGGGCCUCGUGGGGCGGGCCCACCUGGAGGAGUGCUUCCGGGUGCCGCAGUUCGCGGACGACUUCCAGAGCUUCAGCCGCCUGUCGGAGGUCCAAGAUAUGCUGCAGUACUAUGCAUUGCCACCAACUUGCCCAAAAGGAAUGUUGCACUGCACAUCGAAAUUCUGCCUCGGCGGGAAAGUUCCGGGCUCGGUAGACUACGCUCGCAAGGAAGAAGUCUUUUCCAACUGUGGACGUUCUUAUCAGUUGUGUAUCGUGGGAUUCUUAAUGACACCGAGAACAUUCGGGGCCAGAGUCAAACUUGACGAGGAGGCGUUGGCGCUGUGGGCAAACGACCAAGAAGGCCCACGCAAGACCGGGUCGCCCGGUCCAAGUCCUGCGAGGACGUCUCUGCCAUUCGACCCUUCGAAUCCUGGAAGUACAUCGGUGGCUCAAGACUAUGAGCCACUGCCCAGUCCGAAAGGUAUCGUCAAGAAAAAAAGACAUCACAAACCACCUUGCAGAGCGACGCUUGUGACAUUCAAGAAGUUUGAACCUUCUUUUCAUCCCACGUCAGGAAGCGGAAGCCAGGCCCACGUGACCUUGGGUUGUGCAGAGGGCGUCUCGGCCGUGACCACCGGUUACGACCUUAACGAAAUAAUUGCGUGCGAAGAUUCGGAUGAGGCUGAAAGUGUGGAAACCUACACCCUGGAUAGAGGCUACUUGCGUAACUACGGAGAAUCGAGGUGGAUGUUGUACUUGAAUCACCAGAUAGUUGUGAGCACGUUGUUCACCGGGCAUUAUGGCUCGAGUUAAGUGAUUUUUGCCAUUGUUAUGGUUUUUUUUAUGGGUACGGAAUUUAAAUGGUUGGCUUUUUAUAUAUUAUUUGAGUUCAUACUGAUAAUGUUUUAAGGUUCGUUAUAAGUAUUAUAAGUAUUACUUUGCAGGGGGCAUUUUGCCUUCAGGAUUUAUAUUUGAGUCAAGAAUUGAAAUUGAACAACAUGCUUAAUUUUCUUUCUGAGUCUCUGGAAAUUAUGCAGUAGAUGAUUUAUAUUCUUGUCUGUGUUUAGAAUGGUUAGAACUCAUAAAAUUCAUCAUAGUUUUUAUUCUUCCACAUAUUAAUAUUUUCUGCCAUAUUACUGUAUUUCUAUAUUUGUUGGGUCAUUUUAGUUAUGUCACUGACUAAAGUGUUAUUUUUAUUCUAAUGUUAUUGCAUUAGAUUGUUACUAGAUUUCAUGUAGUUUAAAUUAUGACUGUGCAAGAUAGUAUGUUUUUUCAAAACAUUUUUUAAAACAGUGUUUUUAUUUUAUUUGCGAGACCUUUAACAGAGUUCUCUCUACUUAAUUCAAGGCUAAAUAAAAAUUCCAACAUUAAUACGUAGUUAGUUUUAGGAACUGUGUGAUGUCUUCUUCCCUAAAUGUGAUUUAUCUCCAACAUUAACCUCGCUGGGGUGCACAAAUUGUCCAAAAAUUAUUUAUUAACAGAAUGCUUGACAAAAAGAUGAUAGAUUAGUGAGAAGAAGGUUUCAUUAGAUUAUUAAAGGCUAUAUAAUGAAUGCACUGACAGGUAUGCAAGUCCAAUAACUGGCCAUGAACCUUUUUUCUGGACUUCAUCAAAAUAUUGAAUUGAGCAACUCAUUACUUUGUUGGCAAUCUUUGUUUCGAACUUGAUGAAUCCAUACAGUUCUGCCUUAACAGCUAACAGAAAAUAGAUUUUCAGCGUUGGCUGCAAAUUGUAUAAAUUGUAAUCUUCUUGCUUUUAAAGUUCCUGGUUCUUAAUUUCUGUUCUGAUACUGCCAAUUUAUGCAAAAUAAAAAUAGCAUAAACAAUUAAACCAAAUUAAAUUAAAUUUUCUAAAAAGUCUCCUCCAAUAACAUAAUUAAAAUGCAGGCAACUCACGUGACUUAAUUAGGAAAGUUUAAGUUUUGGCUACUUAUACCAUUUAUGGAAAUUUUAAGUAUGAUUAAAAGUUUUGGAAUGGUUAUGCAUUUAAAUGCAUAUUUCAGCCACUUUUGUUUGUUGCCUGGCCACAAUGAAAGUCCAUUCUGCUGUUGAAUUGAAAUGUGCUUAAUUCUGACCAACUGUUGUUUAGGGGUGUGCGAAGCUUCGAGUAAUCGAAGUCGAAUCGAAGAUAUUUUUUUCCUUCGACUUUGGCUUCGACAAAAAUAAACUUUGAGUGGAAAAGUCGAAGAUUUUUGCCAGAAACGUUUGGCCCACUAUUUGGAUCAAUAUGUAUAUACUGCCAAAAUAUAUUUGCGGCGGGUAAUUUCCCGACUAUGUAUACAGCAAAUUCUCUCUAGUACGUCCCUCUUGUUAACGUACAAUCCAGUAUAACGUAUAAAGCCGCCGGUCUCUUGAAACGCCAUGCAAAUUAAUAGGCAUAAUAAAUAUAUAACGUACGUUUUUCAAAGCCCUGGACGGUAAUUUCUCGUUAAUACGUAUCGUUUUGCCGAUAUUAAUACACAAAAUAUUAAACAUUUUCUCAUUUCAUUCACAAUUCUAUAGCUUUGUUUAACGACAGGUCUUGUGGAAAUUGUUUACAGACGUUUUCUUUAUUUGGUUGAGUAAAAUGGCAGUUGCAGUGCUGGUAACCGUGCGGAUAGAAAAUUAAUUCGUAUAAAAAAAGUCGGUUUUUUGUGUGAUUGGUGUAACAACAUAACAUUUAUGCGGAAUAAUCAACAGUUAUAAAUAAAAAACGCUUAACUUUUUCAAUUAAGAAAAAAAGAUUUGAUUAUAAUAUUUAUCCUACAAAAUGUGUAUUUUCGCGUUUGAAUGUGUAGCAAUGGAUAUUGGCCGAUGGCGGCCAUAUCUGGCUAGAUACAUAAAACGUGGAUUAUACGAUGGCCAACGACUACUAACGCGUUUUUGUUACCGUUUGUUUUCUGUUACGAUGACCUAACCUAUAAUUUGUUUGUAAACAUCAUUUCAGAUUGACAUCUUUCGCAAUCGUACACAAAUGUAAUACGUAUGCAACAUUUAUUUAACAGAUCUAGUGGCAAGUUUCCGACGCUAGUAAACAUUUUGUGACGUUUCGUGAAGCAUGUUUAAUGGCGACGCGACAUGACGUGCAACAUUUAUUUAACAGAUCUAGUGGCAAGUUUCCGACGCUAGUAAACAUUUUGUGACGUUUCGUGAAGCAUGUUUAAUGGCGACGCGACAUGACGACGUGGAUAACCUGUUUAUAUUUUUAAUAUUAAGUGUAUUAGGGCAGCAUAUAUAGGUAGGCCUACCCGUAGAAGUUAUGAGUACCCAAAAGCGUGUGGGUAUCAGCAUUGCAAAAAACUAGAGAUUCUUACAGCUGUUGACAACUGCAAGAAAAAGUGUGAUGUUGCAAAACGCUUUAAUAUUGCACCUACAACUCUGUCCACAAUAGUAAAAGACAGAGCAAAAAUUGAAGAAAAUGCUGCAAAACUGCACCAGAAGAGGAAAAGAUAUAGCAAAUGUAUCAAUAGUGACCUUGACAAAAAUCUUUUUGAUUGGAUUGUGCAAGCACGCUCUAAUAACAUACCCAUCUUGGGCACAGCACUGCAAGAAAAAGCACGAAUGGAGGCACUAAGGCUUGGAAUUGACAAUUUUCAAGCCUCAAAUGGCUGGCUCACACGUUUCAAAGCCAGGUGGAAUUUAACUUUACUAAUGAAAACCAGAUGAAUGAAUUUUACAAAUUUUAAAUAAAUGAAAAGUACUUAUUUUUCCUGUGGAUUAAGACAUUUAACAGUACUUAUGUAGUAUACAUUUUUUGAAGAUGUUUGGUACAAUGGAAUUUUCUUUAGUCUAUAUAAUCAUGAUGAAACGUAAUUAUGUAACAAUUUUUUAAUAUUAAAAAUUAUGUUAUUUCAAAUCCUUCGACUUCGAUUUUCCUUCGACAUUCCUUCGCACAAUAUAAGCUUCGCUUUGACUUCGCUUCGCAUUUAAAAAGAGACCUUCGCACAUGCCUACGUGUUGUUCUUUAUAUGCAUGCAGUCUACUAUGCAUGAUGUCACAAAAGCUAUUAAGCUGAAGUACUCUUCACAAAAGUCACGAAUAAGUCCUGAAAUAAAAAAUAAUAGGUGCUGGAAAUCACAAAACCUUUAUUCCCACCAGCCCUUUGCUAACUUCCAUUUUAUUUUUUAUUUUUUUUUGAUGCCUCACUUAAGUUUAUAUUUGCACAUAAAAAUGUAAAUAGUCGCAGACUGUCCACUUUUAUUGGAAAUUAUCUCUGAAAAGGUUUUAGCUUCCUAACAUGAAAAUUUGCACUUUCCGUGAAUAUUAUAUCGAUUUCGUAUUAUGUUUAGGUUUGCUUAUUGUAUAAAAAUGGCCCAGUGAUAUUUAUAAAAAAAAAAAAAAAACUUUUCAAAGAAAUUUUUACAGAAAGGUUGAAAUUGGUUCACCAUGUAUUUUUGGACUCCCUGCUCUAAGAAUAAAUAGUUGGGAAAUUCAGCAGAUCUUCAUUCAUAACUAAUUUCAUGUGGAAUUAGUAUGUGACGAUGGUGCUGGCUCUGCAGCAGUAGAGAAGGGUGGAAGAUAAGAUUCCCCUUCCCUGUCUGCUGCUUCCUUGGGGUCUGGUGCAAGAAAAAAAGAGGUCAAAACUAAUUUCACAUUUCUGCACCCCGGAAGUAAAGGACAUUAUACUUUUUUUAUGAAAUAGAGUUGGCACAAUUAAACCAUCAAACUAUUAAAACAUAAAAAUAUGUAGUUUGAAAAUACAAUAGUCUCUUUAUUAACAGAGUUAAUUUCGACUGCAGUCUCCUCGGCUAAGCAAAAUCUUGGAAACACGUUUUCAGUUGGCCCAAUGAUGUUCAUCCAUCAUUUCCUGAGGGUAGAUUCUUUCAUGUCACUCCGUGAUUUGCAUCUCUGAGAAUAUUUUUCUUUGGGCUUCCCACAACAGUUGGAUCAUUUUCUAGAUCCUCAAGCAAACGUUUUAACAGUAUUUUCUGGCAAUGAUGCUUAAGGCCAGCGUGGAUAAUAUGGAACAUCUGUUAAUCGAAGCUCGGUUAAUAGAGACUCUUAUGUAGUAUUUUUGUGUAAUAAAGUUUCAUAAAGCAUUUCCUGAUACUAGUGAAGAAACCUGAGAAAAAAGUUGAAAUGAUUCAAAAACUUGCUUUUCUGAAAAAUUAAAAUUUUUGUGUAAUUGCCAUAAUUUUGUUUUAAGAAGUACUAGUUGCGUGUUCUACUAUCAUGAGUUGCAGACACAUUAAGGUGCAGCUUUCUCUUGCCAUCAGUUUUGUGCUUUGUGAACUUUGGAAUAGGUUUAUACAAACUUUCACAUUUUAUUACAUUAGUACCUUAGGAAGGAUCUUAAACCCUCUUUCCCACACCAUAAAUUUUUGUAUGUUUUAUCUAUUUUAUGAACUUCAAUAAUUUAAUGUCUUUUUCUUUCUAAGAUAUUCUUAGAAAGUUAAAUAAUUGCUGUUAAGGAAUGUUGGUUAAUAAUAGUUUUGUUAUUUAGUUUGCUGAAUAGUCUGUGACUAGUCUGUAAGGAAUAUCACAUUGCCAUGCUAGUACAUAAGAUUGUUGCGUGCAUUUUGCAUGUGUUUCAGUUUUGUUUAGAUAGUUUUUUUCCUCCCUCAAAGAUAAAUGUGCACCAUGAGUGAAUUAGUACAUCAUAGAAAGUAAUCAGGUUUAUACAUAGCCAAGUGUUUACAAAAAGUAUUUUGUCAGGAAAAACUUGAAAAAAUAUAGUUUUUUACUCCAAUGAAUUCAACACGAACCGUUAAAUAAAAAUUAACUUAGGCCUCCAACUUGGAUGUUUGCUAUGAUUUCCUUUUGAGUUAUUUAAACAAAUUUAUGGUAUGAUAGGUAUAUAUCUAGACUGUUAAGGCAAAAGAGUAUAAGUCGAUAAAGUGCAUUUUCGAGAAUGGAUGUUUUAUUGUUUAUAAAAUUGCACUGUAAUCAGGUAUGAUUGUUAAUUUCACAGUGCAAUUUGAAACUACAUUUUUCAUUAUGUCAUACAGAUACACUUUCUGUUACGUAUUAGUAUAAAAGAUAUGUGACUUAUCCUAUUUAGACCCUUUCAUGAUAUUGACUUAUACUAAUAUGACUACAAUUAUUUAUAUAAUGUUUUUGUAAUUUAACAAUGACAUCAUGUUUACAAUUGAAAAAUAAAAUGAGAAGCUACAUAUACUAAUUAAAUGUAAUUAAAUUAAGAAAAUGAAACUUGUAUCACUAAAUAUGAACCAUUUUGCAGAUUGUUUUUGCACAAAUGUUAUUGAAAACCUAUAAUAAGGCAAAUUAUCUUGUCUCAAAUAACUAAUGAAACAAUCGAAACAGUAACAAUACGUUUAACUUUUCUCAAGGGUAGCAUGUCCCAUAAAAAUCAGAGAAUUUUUCAAGUUUUGUAAUCGUAAAUGAUAAUGUUAGGUAAAUGUCAUACAUUUGAAAUGAUAUCUUCUGUAGACUGUGAUUUAAUCAUCGUCCACGUGUUCCUCUAUAUCUGGAUAAACUUCCGCCAAUCCAGGCGCAGUCUUCAGAAUUUGGUAGAACUGAUGGAAUACAUCUGGAACUAGAGGUAGAAGAUUGAGAAUGUCUUUCUUUUUCUCCUUCGUUACUUGCAGCGGAGCUGUGUAGCAUCUCUGAGGCUGAAGAACUGCUGUAGGCUGCCCUCUUCUAAUAAAGCUAAGAGUUUUAAAUUCUUCAUCUUUUAGACUAUUUUUGAAUUUGAUAAUUCCAUACUCCUUUGUGUAUCUGAACCAUUUUGCAUUUAACCAGCUAAAGGGUUCUCCAGUCUCAUCCUUCUUCCUGAAUAACAAAGGACCCUUUAGCAACCCUGCAAAGUUCAAAAAGUCACUAUGAAUAAGUUCUACAACUUCAAAAUGUUUCUUCUUUCCAGCUGUGCGAACUAGCUGAUACCAAUCAUGUGGAUGGUAAAUAGGGAGCUGAAGUUUUUUUUUCUGUUUCUCGAUAAGUGCGUGGUCAACGUCGCACUCCAUGUGGCUAUGACCACUGACCAUGAACUUAUGAUCCACUAUUUCAAGGUUAGCAUUAUCUUGUAGAACAGUCAAAAACAUGGAAGCCACAUGCGAGUUCUUGUUUUGACCUCCGCAUGUAUCCGAGUACAGUAUUACAUGUUUCACCUCUGGUGAAAGCGAAGUCAACUCCCGGUAAAUACAAGUAGCAAUUUGGUUUCCUCCUCUUCCUCCUUCCCCUUCAUGCCACAUAUAGCAUUUUACAUCCCUUUUACUUGUCUCGUGCAUAGUGAGGUUAAAUGUCCAUAGUGUACGUUUGUAGAAUGCAACAGAUGUAUUAAGGUAGGGAGUUGGGAGACACUGUUGCAAAUCAAAUGAAUAACAUCUCAAUGAAUUAUCUUCAGCAGCAAGUAAUUUAUCCUGUGAUUUACACAGGUAUGCAUUACCUGCUUCCUCAUGAUGUAAACUUAUAUCUUCUUCGAUUCCAUUCUGUUCAGUUUCAUCUUUCGCGAAUCUUUUCUUGGUAUGCAACAAAUCACACUUGUGACAUGUGUCCACUUUAGGUAGCUUGAAGGAAAUAUUUAGCUUACGGAAUUCUCUCUCGUAUAUUGAUCUAGAUACAGGUUCUGCUACAGCCUCUUUGUACAGUUGGUACAUCUUUGGUAAAUCAAGGUAAGAAGGUAAGUACAGUUUAUUACUUUUUCGACGGGUGUAGUGCGAGUUGUACAAAGGAAAUGAAUGUAUAUGCUUCCGCACUUCUUCUAGUUGUGUAUCACUUGUCUUAUUUGCCGGUGGUUUUCUUCCCCUCAAAUCAUCAUGUGGCACUCCAGACAUACUUCUUUUCCGGUUGUCUAAUGCUAAUGUCACAAACAUAUUAGUCUCACCAAGUGUAUUCAUAAAACACUGUCUGCACACUUGUUUCCUUUCCCCAUUUAUCUUGAAAUGAAAGUAGUGAGUUGUAGAUCUAUUGCGUUGCUUCUGUGGAUCUUCAGUUCUCUUUCUACUCGUCUUUGGUGGGUUGGAAUCAACUAAGCCACACACAUAUGCCACUCUUUUGUUCCUGUCACCUAAGGCCCAAUACUCUUUAAAUAAAACGUCCUUAAUGGCAUCAUUUUCCAGAGCAUUCUCUUCCAAUAUAGAUCGACAGUUCAUUCUACAUUUCGUGAGUGGCCUUGAUGUUCUAGCAGCAAUUGUUUUUCCUUUGCUAGUGAUAUACUCUUUACCCCUGUUGCGAUUGUGUUUGCGUUUAAGUUUUUUCUUCACAGUAAACAUACCCUUACCUUUAACACGUUUUAUUUUUUCUACUACCAUUUUAUCCCUAUCACCAUUUGCAUCAGCACCUGAUACUGGCUGAUCCUUAUCUGAAGUUGGUGUGUACUUAUUUCUGGCUUUACUUUCACUACUAUUACUUGAACGCUUUUUAGAAAUCACAUUAAUUUCAUCAAAAUUUUCGUCAGCACUACUAGACUGAUGACCUUAAGGAAAUAAUCUUUAUCCAUAUCGCUGUCAUCGCACAGUUCUUCAAGUGUAGAUGUUUCACUGUCAUCCGAAACGUGUUUCACACAAGCUUCAGAACUUUCACUUGUAACCUCUGGUGAUUGCAAGCCUGUAGUACGUACACUAUCACCGUAGUCAAAGCAGGCAUUUUCAGCAUUUCGCAAACUCCCCUCUGCCACUGUAGAAGGUUCCACGUAAUCGUCACUGUCGUUAAAAGAUGUUGAUGCAUGCUCUUGUGGUAGGCCUGCUACAGGACCUGAAAUAAGAAGACUGCAAUAAAUCUACUAUAUCAAAAUUGGAAACAUAACUAAAGAAAUUUUAAUGAAAUGUUAAUUUUGCAGACAUUACUUGGGAGUUUUUCUCUGACAAAAAGAAUUUACCUAACUUAACCAGUUUUUCCACAAUGCCAUUCUAAAGUCAAAAUUUUGAGGUUGAAAAAUUCCAACCCAAUUUUUUUAAAACUGGAAAACAGUAACAGGUUUGAUUAUUUCAAGUAGUAGCCAGUGAUCUGUAGUUUCUGUGUCAGUAAUCAUACCAUUAUGUGCAUAUUGUUGAGUCGUCUAUAAAAAUAAUAAUUGAAAAUUGUGACUUUGAAAUGGUAUAUCGGGAUAUGUAGUUGAGCUAACAUUAUUACAUCUAGAAAACGAACAGCAUUUUAUACAAAAAUAAAUUAUUAUACUUUCUCUUCUUGAACAGCCUGAACAACAAUGCCACAAUACUAAUAAAGAAAAUGAAACAGGAAUAAGUAACCAUCAAAGAGAUAAUAAAAACUCAAAUACUAGAACAGAACCAAGCUAAAUUAAUUCGGCGCCUUGGUAUUUUUCAUGUUGAGGUGUGCUAUUUCUGUUAAAGCUGAAUUCACAACAUACAAUUCUGUAUGAGCGUAAGAAGCAAAGCGCAGGUCUAAUCAGUGUGGUUGUGGUAAGUUGAAUGUGAAUGCAUCCACACACAGUGUUUUUACUUAUUUAUGUACAUAAGUUACAUGGAUGUAAAUCCAGCUUAAGCGUUUUUAUAUGUUUGCCAUUAAGGAAUAUUUAUAAAUAAAUAUAUUAUUAGAUGAAUAGUAUAGGUAUAUUAAUAAAAAGUAUUUUUCCGACGUUUGACUUACUGUGAAUAGCAAAAAUUUCAAAUGUAACUUUUCAUUUCUCUUAUCUAAUUAAACCUAUAUUUUGGAAACGUCAUAACUUUUAAAAAGUUGUGUUUAUCUAAAUCUAAUAUCCAAACAAACAAAUUAAUAACCUAACCCCAACUUACUGAAAACUGUAAGGUUAUGUAUUUUUCGCAUUAUUAUUAUUAUUAUUCAUUAACAGACUUGCAUUCCUAUGACGAUAUUGUAUGUAAACAAAGGUCAAAUAUUAAUUGGUUGCUAACUUUUCGUAAUAAUUCCUGCCUCAUCUACGAACACAUUUACUAAAAUUUUAAGUGUUUAUUCUCGGCUAAAAAACUUAUUGCAAACGGUGAUACUGCUUUAUUAAACUUAAAUAAGUAAAUUACAAUGCGAAAAUGGCACGUCCAUAACCUUGAACGUUAGGAUUAUUUACUUACCAUAAUUGCUGUUUUGUUUAUAGCCUUGCUUCGCCAGUUCUAUUAUCUUCAAGCUCCUAGACGCCAUUCUACAUUCUCUACAGUAUUUGUUAUUAAUCACAUUACUCAUCUGUCAUUCCCAACCACUAGUAUUUUCACUUCAUCAAUUCAACUCCAUUCGCAUACUUAGAGCAUGAUACCUCAUACUACAGGACAAAUACUCAAACAACAUGACUUAUUAAAAACAUAAUUCUUUUGUUUUCUACAUGUGUACCAACAUUGAUAAUAUUUAGUUCACAUUAAUAUUAACAGAUACAGCACAAACAAGUUUGUUACCAUACCUAAUUAUUGUAACAAUAUAUACCUAAUUAUUGUAACAAUGUUAUGGCACAAACAUUAAUAAUUGAAAUCUUGCCAUGAAGUUCAUUUAGUAUAAGUGAACACUUCACUUUUGUAAUGGAAGAUGUGUCUACUGUCUAGUCACUUUUGUAAUGGAAGAUGUGUCUAGUCAAAACAGUAUAACUUGACAUAUACUCUUUUGGCCUGGGUUAUUAACAUUCAUGUGCUUAGUCAAAACAGUAUAACUAGACUUAUACUGUUUUUUCUAAACAUCACCAACAUCUGCUCACUUAUUCUACUUUGACUUAUGCUCAUAUUCUACAGUAUUUGCUACACUAGACUUAUACUGUUUUUACCAAAUGAAAGAUUGAAUUUUUUUAAAUCAUACUAAUGACUUCUCAUUUUUGCCUAUUUUUGACUUAUACUCUUUUGCCUUAACAGUCUAGAUAUAUCAUACCUUUCCAAGCUUUUAUACCUUGUUAUGGUAUAAUUCAUUGACAUUAACAGGCUCCGGUUCAUAAUCACAGAGAGGAAUUAUUGCUUAUCAGUUAUAUUUUUGAAAGGGGGAAGAACUCCCCAAGUAAAGUUGCAGCUGUUAACGAAGCGAUUCUAAUAAUACUGUAGUGAAAGUGUAUUAGCUCAGGUAUUCCGGCCCAGGCUGUAUUUGGAAACUGUCCUCUAUCCAUAUACUCCGUUUUUCGUUCCACCCUUAGCAUUAAGCCCUGUUGAAUUGUAGCCAAACUUUCUGUAUGUAUGUAUGCUAUGUAUGUAUAUAUAUGCACCUAGUAUUAUUAGUUGAUAUAUUUACUGUUUUAUUAACCCAGUUGUCAUUUUUUUUUUAUUUUGUCUGUUAAUAAGAGUUUGAUCUCAGUAUUAAAUUCUUCAGGAACUUUCUUGUGUGUUAAUGUCAAUAUUAAUCCAGUAGAGUAUUAAGCAGCAGUAUUCAUGCAUGUGACAUGACAUAUGUAAAUCAGUGUUGUAUUGUGUUGUCAAAGUGAAAUUACUGUAAUUGUGUUAAAUUUUGGAAGGACUAUAAUUUGUUGAAAAAUAUCUUAAGCAAAAAUUUUAUGUUAAUUACACAAAGUAUAAAUAUCACUGUGAUGUUAGAACAAUCAGUAUACAUUGUGAUAAAAUGAUGAGAAUUAUUCUUCAUCUGUAGUUAGACUACGAUCCACACUGUAAUAAUCAAUAAGGGCAGUAUUCCAAGACAUUCGGAUAAGAUAGCGAAUAAGCACUGCCUUGUUGGGAUUCAACCUUAACCUAACUCACGAGAUGUAUGCUAGAACAUGUCCGAAUAGAAUCCCAGCAAGGAAACAAAUCGGGAACUGUUUUAAUAAGCGGUGCCCUGAGCGAGGCUAGGAACCAGUUUCAACAUAACCAUCGCUACAAUUGUUUCAGCAAAAAUUCUAGAGAUAGCAGCACCAUCACACAAAAAUAUAACAGCCUUUCUAAUAUUCUUAAGUUCUUUUAAAAUUGUGAUUAUUUCUGUUAUGACCAUUAAAGUGUACAAACUGUAUUCCAGGAUAGUUUUGCUAUCAUGAAGUUUCAUUUGGCACACCAACACACUUGGUAUGUUCCCCGAUAAUCACAAAAGAUACUAUAUACGAGUUAAUGGCAUCACUUGCAGGUCUACCAUCUGGAUGAAAUCAACAAAGAAGUGAACUCUGUGCAUGCUCUGAAUUUUGGCAACACAUGGGCAACGGAAAAGACACCAAAAUCCGUCCUAUUGUGCACUAGGAAUACGGUUUAGGGUACAGGUGUAUCAUAUUCAACAGUGCCCCCCCCCCCCCCCCCCUUUUUUUUUUUUUCUCUCUCUUGGAAUACUGUCUUAACAAUAUGAAAGUCAACUGUUUAAGCAUUUCAUUUUCAAAUUAAAAAAAAAAAAAAUAUUGUCAUUCAUUGUCAUCGUAAUUGCGAAUUGAUAAUAUUAUAAAUUAAGGCUGAGUUUUUGUUCUGCCAGUGAAUUUACAAUAUAAGUUUUGCUCAACACUGCAUGUUAUAUUUAAAUAAAUAAAUGAAUGAAUGAGAUGAAGGGUGCUAUUAGAUUUGAUAGUAGUAACAUUUUUUUUCUAGGUGCCAUUAAUAUAUUAUGUUAGUUAUAAAAAGAAUAUUAUAAUACCAUAUAUUUGUUAAGUUUUUGUUUGAAAGCAGUGGUACUUAGACUAAUUGAUUUAGUUCAGUGCCAAAAUGACAGAGUACAUAAUUACAGUGAAAUUUAUCAGGUAACUUUAACUAGAAUAAUGCUGGAGAAACCACUACUCAAGUGUAAGGAAUUGUCAGUUCACUUGAAAGCCUAUUCAGAUUUGAACUGCAGAUUAGUAAGUUUUCCAUUUUUUCUCACUCCAGUAGAUUUAAAUACAGCUAAAAUUUUCUGGAAUUAUUAUUCUUUCUCCCCCCCGAAUAGGGGAGAAAAUAACAAAAUUGAAGGACUUGUCUCGAAAAUUACAACCAAAAUCCUAAGCAAUCAAUAUCUGUGUUGAAAGUCAUGGAACUUAAAUUUUCAGCGGCAUUUUACUAACUUUCAUUUUGUUUUUCGACAACUCACUUCAUUUUAUAGUCUCACGUUAAAUUUAAAUAAUUGGACUGUCUAUUCUAGAUUACAUGGAAAUUUUCUCUGAAAAGGGGUUAACUUUCUGAUAUAUAAAAAAAAAAUGUACGUUUCUGUGAAUAGUAGAACUACCAUUUUGUAUUAUUUUUAAUUUGACCUAUAUAUAAAAUAUGACUAUGAUAUGAAAAAGUUUUCAAAUCUUAAUGAAAGAUCCUGAUUUACCAGGUAUUUAUUUGUAGACACAUUAUUAUUUAAGCUAGUAUGUAUUGUGUUGAACAUAUAUUUAUAGAAGUGAAUUCAGAAUUGAAAAAAAAAAAAUUCUUCACGGUUGGCAAGCAAUUGCUGUAAUAUAAUAAACAAGUCUAAUUGUAUUGCAGGCCUUUGCCAAUGAUAAAAGUUGGAACAAUUCUUACAUUUUUCAAAUUUUUUUAUGUUCCCGAUGACAUGAUAGUUGGCCAAUUCCAAUUUCUUGUUGAUGCAUCGGGUAUUUCUCUACUGGAGACAGAGUACUUGAGAUGCUUUUCUUGAAGUAGUCCAAAGGGAAAACUCUUAAAUCUGUCCAGUCACAAAGGUUUUGCCAAAUAUCUUGCCUUAUCUUUGCAUUAAGUUGUAGGUUCCUUUUUCCUUUCAGUCAUAGUGGUGCAUCUAGCUAGGCAAAGUUUUUUGGAGGGGGCUUCACUUUCUUGUUGAUUUUAUCAUUUUUUUUUGGACAGAGUUUACUUGAAAGCAUUUUAAAAUAAGCAGAUAGUGUCUUCAGAAGUCAACAAUAAACUUUUUAAAAUAAAUUUUUGAUUUCUGUUUAAAGAGUUGUCUUUUAACCUCGUUUAAAAUUAAUCAAGGGAGUUGUUAGUUCUCGAAUUGAAAUGCACAAUCGCCUUGAAAUAAUUUUUUUUUGAGUUAGCAUUUUUUAUGUUGUUCUUGAUUGUCUGCAUUAUAGAAAACUUUUUGCAUGAGCUACUGGGAAGUGUAGUGCUGAACUUUCUUCAAUAAGUGUCCUUUGUUAGGUUACAAUUUCAGCUGUGAUAAUAAAUUAUAAUGUGAUAAAUUUCUAUGUGUUUAGUCUUUGUGGGUUGUAUAUGUGUAUGUGCCCAAGUUAGUCCAGUUGCUGUAGACUACAAGACUGUUAUCUCGUAGAGAAAUGGUAGAAGUGGGUAUGUGUUUUGUUGUGCAUUGUAUGUGGGUAGUAGGAAGUACAAUCAUACCUCAUUAAUAAAAACCCUGUUAAUUCAAAACUCUCAUUAAUACGUGUUUUCACGGUCCCUAGAAAUUACAUAGGAGUUACAGUGCUACGUAAUUUUUUUCAAUAUAAUAAUAUAAAAGUACGGUUAUUACAUAAUACAAAUUUGAUUUUGUUCCAAGGGUAAUCAGUUACAUGUAGUUACUACAGAUAUCCCGGAAUAAUGUAAAGAAAGUGUGAUGUUUCAACUAAAAUAAUGUUAAUGCCAAUUCUUUGGUUCAGUGUAGGUUGGAGAAAAAAGCUUAGAAACUAUUUUUUAAUUUUUCAAAGUGAUGGUAUGUCUUUUUUGUAUGUAUUUUCUAAACCUUUUCUUUAUUCUUCUGUCUUCCAAUUUUUUAAAAAGUACCUACCUAGUACGAUAAUUUUUUUUUCAGCCAUAGGUGUAGUCAUUGUAACAUUUAAUUUUACAGUCUGUAAAAAAAGUACAUUUGGUGUGUAUCAAAUUGUGUGCGAGUUUCCUGGGAGCAUAUUCUAUUUGUUUAGGUGUGGUAUGCAUGUCUAAGUUAGGAAAAAAAAAGUACUAUUUCCAAAUUUAUUUGAUUUUGAUUUAGAAAUUAUAUUAAUAUUUCAUAAAAUAUUGUAAUAGUAUUGUUUAAAAAAAUUGUUAAAGUAAAAAAAAAUUAUCCCUUUAGGUUUGUAUUAUUGAGGUUUGACUGUAAAUAGGAAAAGUGGCUUUGGUACGCACAUCAGUGUUACAGUUUAGACGACUUGGUUAGCACUUUCAUACCCAAGUGGUUAACUUUUCAUUGACAACCUAUCAGUUCAGCACUCAAAAAUAUUUUUUUAGUGUCCAAGUUGUAAGUUUUUUUUCCCCCACCAGGCCAGUAUUCAACUAUCAGGAGUCUGAGAAUGUGUUCAGUGACUAUAGUUAUUGAGCAACAAUACUGAUUUUCGGCUGGCAUAAUCUGUUCUAUUUUUAGCCACUUGAUCGUUGAUUACUACCCCAAGAUAAAUGUGAGCAUUGUUACACUGAAUAUUUAAUGAGUAGUUUGAGUAAAAUUUGUAGUUUUGUUACAAAUAUGUUAUGCUUAUAAUUCUGUCCACAAAAUCUAGGAUGCUAAUUUAGUUUUUUUAAAAAAAAGUGCAUCUUGAAGUGUUAGACAGCCACAUCACUUCAGGUAAUCUAGAUCUUAUAUGAUUAACCUUCCUGUUUAUCAUCUCGUGUGAAGUUUAGUUAAUGUAGGAAUUAAUGGUGGUGCUGUCUAUCAUGGUUGGCAUGACAUGCUAUGCUAACGUGUGAACGGUGUUCCUAAUUUUUGAGAAAAGUUUAGUGUUAGUUGCGGCAAGUAUGUAUUAUUAUUUCUGUAACAUAACAUAGUUUUCAGCUCUGUGCCCAAAUUACUAAACUAACACCACCUCGCUUUGAUUAACUAAGAUGACUCACUUAAUGACGUCAUUAAGGUGUUUUCAUAAUCAGAUGAGUGAUGGUAUGACUAAACUAACAACUCCUUUAUGUAGCCAGAAACAGUUUUAAUAAAUUUUAAUUUUUGACUUCUGUAUGGGAAUAGCGCACAAGAUAUCCUAGGUUAAUUGCUAGAGAAUUAUUUUAUUAUUCUGUGAUACAGACAGCUUGAUACAAAAUGAAUCUUGUUUGUCCUGUUUAAUGUUACCAUCCACCUUUUGUGUGUGAAUAUAUUUUUUUCUAUGCUCUUGACCACAAUUUUCACUAAAUAUUUAUGUGUUUACUUUGGUGAAGCAAAGAAAUUAUUCUUGUUUUCUUAACUCAUGUUGAAACUGUACAAAAUAAAAUUUUCGUUAGUGAAAUGUGAAGAGUUGAAUAUUUUUAUCUGCCGAAAUCUUUUGCUUGUAUGUGUUCUGAAAGACAAGUGGAAUGAUACUCUGCUGCAAUAGUUUAGAUUAGGUAGUUCAAUAUUUUCAAUGUAAUUGCUCAAAAACAGACUGAUUCGUUGUCCUUAACACAAGUAUGGGUGUACCUAUGUAAAAAAAAAUAGAGAUGGGACUUUUGAAUCUGUCAUUUCUCGAUUUCUUUACUUUGUGAUUGAAUGUAUAGUUUUUUCAUCAUGAUGCUAAACGUGUCCGAGGUUUUUUUUUUUAUCCCCUGUGGUUCAGUCCUUCCUUGAUGCGUUGUUUGUGGGGUUGAUUCCAGUGAUGUUAUUUUGUUUUUACUCCCUAUGCAUCUGUAAUAUAUAUAAAAAAUAAGGUUUUUGACAGAGAAGUAAAAUAAAAAAUCUUUUUGCUAAAAUUAAUUAAAACCAUGUCGAGUAGUCUGUAAAAAUGCCUUGCAAUUUGUUUGAGUAACCUCUGUACGUCCAACAAACAUAAAAAAUGCAAAUAUAAAUUUGGCAGUUUAUAUACAUGUAGUGAAAUUUAAAGCUACUAAAAAAGUGUGCAUGAUUAAUGGUGGACAUGAGUUGUGUUCGUACUUACAUGUGCGUGUGUAAACAAGGCAUUGUUUUUUAGAGUGCAGAUUUUAUAGUUCUCCUUACCCCUAAGUGAUAGGAGAAAAAAGUACCUACUUAGUUUGAACCAUAAAUAAUCAUAAUAUACAGCCCUAUUUUAAGUUUUUUUCCUCAAAUCUAAACAUAGGAAAGUACAAUUGUCCCAUCCAUCUCUAUUAAGAAAACACAUGGGAAGAAUCAUUUGAUAACUAUUUUUGUAUGACAGGUUUAGGUGUAGGUAAUAUCAUCGUUAGUGCUUGUAGUUGCAAAACUAAGUAGAUAUUUUUGUAGCUUGUAAGUUUAUGAAGUGCCAAUAGCAUAGUGCACUGUGUGAGUUUCAUACAUGUAUUUCAGUGUGCCAUUUAGUUAGAUGUGUGUUUUACAUAUCUGUUCGUCAAUCAAGUUGUAUGGUUUGUUUUUGUUGAAAUAUUGUGACUUAGCCAUAGUUACUAUGAGCAGUAAAAUCUCUCUUGCUGUCUUAUUGGUGUUUGUUUAUAAACAAGUCAAACUUUGUGUGUCAUUCACUUUGAGGCAGCAGUAAUGUACAUAUCGCAAAUUGUUAUUCAGUGCCACUUUUAUUUUAAUAAAUAUAUUCCUGUAAAUAAAUUUUAUUAAAUCACUAAAUGAAUUCUUAUUCAAAGUAA